AUGGUUCAUACACCAGUUCAAGUGUGUGUCCGAACAAGACCUACUGCGUUUUUUGCUCAAGAUGUCAUUGUUCUUGAUGAAUCUAAAAAGACAAUUGACAUUAAAAAUAAGGGACGGAUUAAUGCAAAGCAAAAUUCAGUCAAUUAUUUAGAAACUAAGAGAGAGGAUUACUCAUUCAAAUUUGACAAGACUUUGCACAAUGUGUCUCAAGACACUGUGUUUAAUGAAUGUGCCGCUGAAAUUACCCAAGCAUUUCUUGAGGGCUACAAUGGCACUGUCAUGGCUUAUGGUCAAACAGGUUCAGGAAAAACAUAUACCAUGAUUGGAGCUCCAAAUAAUUACAAAAAUCGAGGGCUAAUUCCAAGAGUGAUUCAACAAGUUUUUGCUGACAUGUCAAAUUACCCUGAAAAAUCAUUUACCCUUCGAGUUUCAUACAUGGAAAUUUAUAAUGAACAAUUAUUUGACUUGUUAUCAGACAUUAGUGACGCGCAACUCGAGAAGGCAAACUCCGACACCUACGAGGACAACAUGGUCAUCAUGGAAGAUAAUAAGGGAAAUAUUAUGGUUCGAGGUCUCAAGUGUCACAUUGUCAACAGUGAGGAAGAAGCUCUAAGUAUGCUAUUCGAAGGUGAAACUAAUAGAGCCAUUUGCGAACACCAGUUAAACAAGGCUUCCACAAGAUCUCAUUGUAUUUUUACAUUGUAUUUAGAGGCAAGGAGUCGAGUGGAAUCGGAAGGUCAAGUUGUUCUUUCCAAAUUGAAUUUGGUUGACUUGGCAGGAAGUGAAAGAGUGAGCAAGACACACUCCAGCGGAAUAGUAUUGACAGAAGCCAAGUACAUUAACAAGUCACUUUCGUUUCUUGAACAAGUGGUAAUUGCUCUUGGAAAUCCUUCAAGAGAGCACAUCCCAUACAGACAAUCAAAGUUGACCUACUUUUUAAAGGAUUCUUUGGGAGGUAACUGUAAAACUCUCAUGAUAGCAAACAUUUGGGGAGAAGAGCAACAUCUCGAAGAAACUGUUAGUACUCUUAAAUUUGCGACCAGAAUGAUGAGAGUAUCAAAUGAAGCAACCAUUAACGUGCACAUGAACCCUGAUGCCCUUAUCAAAAAGUAUGAAAAAGAAAUUAAGGAGCUGAAGCAAGAGUUAUCCAUGCAUGAUCAACUGAGGGGAAUUAACCAAGCAAACUAUGAUCCUUACACUGAAGAGCAAAAAAUUGAGCUUCGAAGAGAAAUUAGGAGCUAUGUUAAUGGAGAAAUUGAAGAGCUCGAAAUUAAAAACAUUCGAAGAAUUAAGGAGAUUUUUAAUCAAUUCAAAUUGAUGUUGAAGGAAGCAUCAUCCAUGUCUGAGCAAGAAUCAAUAAUUAACACCUCAACGGCGAGAGAGAAACAACAAUCAGCUCCCCCUUCCAAUUUUGCAGGAAAGAUUCACGAGGAAAAGAUGUAUGACGAGAAUGGAGUUGGUGAAGUGGAAAAUAAGUCCGGUUUUGGGGUUGGUGAAGCAAAGCCAAAUGCUGAAUUCCAAAAGAGAACAAAGAAAGCAGCUGUCCCUGUUUCUGCAAGAGAUAAUGAAAGGUCCAUGAAUGUCUCCACGAGCCAGAACUCCUUACCAGAGACAGACCGACCUAAAAAGAUCAAAAUGUCACGAAAUGAUGCUUUUGAAGAGUACAAGCGCACAGAGGGCAAAGCUUUGCAUGAAAAUAUUAAGGAAAAUAGUCAGACACUAAAGGAUAAAAAAUCGUUAUUUAGAAUCGUCACUCAAAGAUUGAAUGACACCAAGGCAGAAAUUGACGAUUUCAAAGCUAAAAUCGAAAAGAAACAAAUUGAAAACGCUCAUUUGGGAGACGACAUUGUCGAUGAAGAGGAACUUCGUUGGUUCCAAAUUAUUAAGGAAAAAAAAGAAGUAUACAAACAAGUGUUUGAGGACCGAAAGAUGCUCAAGUCUGAGAUGGAUUACAUUGAAAAGGCGUUGGAGAAUUUGAGACAAACACUCAUUGCUAAUUUCCAAUCGUUCUAUGACGACAAUUACCAAGAUCCUGCCGAAGAGCAAAAACCUCCAUUAUCUUCUCGAAGCUCUCGAAAAGGCGUCGAAGAAGAAGCCAAAGAAGAUGUGCUUGAUGAAGGUGAAAAGUUUGAAAAACUUUGGUACAACAAACUCCAACAAGAAGACCCAGAAAGUCUCAAUUACUACAUGGCCUACAAAAAAGCAGGCAAAGCAAAGAAAGCCACGAACCGAAAGUUUUGA